UCGUGGAUAUCCCUCACCCUCAAAACGCGCGAAACGCGCAAAGGCAGAAGACGACGACGACGACGACGACGACGGCAACACCAACCGGAGAGCAGAGCGCGGCGCCGCAGAGGAGGAGCAACACCCACCACCGCCACCACAACGCGAGGAGGAAGGGGAGGGGGUGUAUGGGGCAGUGCGCCUGCUUCGGCGCGGCGGAGAAGGAGCGGCGGGCGGAGGCCGACCGCGCCGAGUCGCAGGAGGCGCGCGCCAAGGCCGCCGAGGCCGCGCAGCGGAGACAGGAGGAGUUUGAUAAAUCGGCAGCUGGAAGAGCAGCAAAAGCACAGAUGAAGGCCAUGAAGGAAGCCAAGGCAUCAUCAAACCAAGGAGAACCAGUUCUUAAGUGGCAAAUGGGAUAAACUCUUCAUUUAUGUAUACCUUGCAUCCCUUGGCAUGAUGUUAACGGUAAACGAAAGCUUGUUAGUUCUUGGUUUCUGGUUCUGGGAGGAUGCAGCUCAGUCAUUUUCUGAUGUGUAGUUUUGUCGUAAGUGUGAAUUCCCGUAUCAUGUGAUGCACACACGCUGUUCAGACAUAUUGCCCAACCUGUGUGUUAUUGGAAUAGAUCAUGUACAUUUCUGUAAGCAGCAAUAGUUUUGUACAGUUUUUUCCCUGCUCUUUUUGGUACAGUCGGUGGGAUUCGGGAGUAUGUUUUUUUGUUCUUCCCCCUGAAAACGAUCGGUUAGUUUCUAGAGAAGUAGAAGAGUAGCAGUAUUGUUGGUACUGAAUUCUACAGAAAUUUGUCAACUGUUGUUUUACCUGUGUGGUUACCGUAUCUUGUAUAAAGCACCUCGUGCAGAUUAUUGCAGACAUUUGGGUUAUGUUUCAUGUCUGGCUCUUUUAGUGCUGAGCUUAUG